AUAAAAGUUGCAAAUUGGAUACGACAAAUAUGAAGGCAGCACUUUUGCUCUGUUUUUUCGGCUGCUCUUUAGUCAAUUCCCUCAACAAUGGGCUUGGUUUGACACCACAUGGAUGGAACUCGUGGAAUCAUUUUGGCUGCAAUAUUAACGAAGAAAUCAUCUUGAAAACGAUACAGGCGCUAUCAAUUUCACCCCUUCGGAAGGUUGGCUACGAAUAUGUCAACAUAGACGACUGCUGGGCAGCAAAUAGAUCCGCUGAAGGCAAUAUUAUCGUGGAUUCUACAACAUUUCCUCAUGGUAUCGCACCACUAGCUGAUGCUGCCCAUAAAGUAGGGUUAAAGUUUGGGGUGUAUAGUGAUGCAGGUUUCAAAACAUGCGCUGGUCGCCCAGGUUCACUCAACCAUGAAGUGUCUGAUGCAAACACAUAUGCUAGCUGGGACAUCGACUAUCUGAAAUAUGAUAAUUGUUUUACUGAUAAGUCAAAACCAGAGAAGAGAUACCCCAUUAAGGAUGCUUUGAACAAGACUGGUCGCCCUAUAUUCUUUUCCAUGUGUGAAUGGGGUGUUGAUGAUCCUGCGACGUGGGCAGGCGAUGUUGGAAAUAGCUGGAGGACUACAGGGGAUAUCAAAGACAAUUGGGACAAAAUGAUUUCUAUCUCUGAUAAAAAUAACAAAUGGUGGAAAUACGCGAAACCUGGUGGCUGGAAUGACCCAGAUAUGUUAGAGGUUGGCAACGGCAAGAUGUCAACUACAGAAUACAUCACACAUUUUAGCCUAUGGUGUCUGAUGAAAGCCCCUCUUUUGAUUGGCUGUGAUAUACGAGACAUACCUGCCGACACACUAAACAUACUCACAAAUGCGGACGCUAUUUCUGUAAACCAGGAUCCACUCGGGGUUCAAGGUCACAAGGUUCGUACCAACGGGAGCCUUGAAAUCUGGGCUGGCCCUUUGAAAGAUGGUAAUAUGGCUGCAAUCCUGUUAAACCGUGGUUCAGAAAAUGCUGAGAUCACAAUAACAAGCGAAGAUCUUGGUUGGGAUGCAAAUUUACACUUCAGUGUUUACGAUAUUUGGCAACAUAAGAAUCUUGGAGAAUUUCCCGGAAAGUACUCCACUGAGGUGGAAACACAUGGUGUUUUGUUUGGGAUAUUCACAAAGGAAGCAGAGAUUACAGAUAACUCUAUCAUAUUCUAAUGCUUUAUGGCAUUAGAGGAAAGGCAUCCACGAAGGCGGAAACAUUUAAAGAAUUUAGAAAAUAAUUUAGUGACAUUUUACAAUAAUUCAAAAACUAAAUUUUCGUCCGAAGAGUCGGUAGAAUUUUUCUAAAAUUCGCUAAUUUUUUUAUACGUGACAUGACAUAGUGAGAGACGGGUUGAUCCAUCGUUGAGAACGACAUAAUUACCAAGACGA